UAGUCUUCCUCAUCAGAAGCCGUCGUAUUAAACGGGGGUGUGGAUGGCGGCAUACUCCUUGUGUCGCUCCGGGGCGUUUAUUUCAUAGACAAUGGGGACGGCUCCGUUGGCUGGGAUUGAUUACACGUAAUAUCUUCAUCGCGGCAGACUCUCGGAGCCAGUUUGCUCAGCCGCUACAAAGUGGGAUCUGAAGCAUAGCAGGCCCCACUGGAGACAGCCCAUAUGAUUGGCUAGCUCUUAUAAGUGGUCCUUGAAACGUAAGCAAACCCCAUUCAUAACCAAGUCAUCUCAAGGAACGCACACGCGCAAAGAAUCAGAAUCCCCCUCUCUCUGGGAAUACAGGCAUACACAGCCAGUGAGUUUUAUUGAAGAAGGGGGUAUUAUAGUAGUACGCGCACGUUUUAUCCGAGAACGCCGUCAGGGACGCUUUCAACGUAACUCGCUCACUCGCGUUGCUGUCGCAGUUAUCGUGACCGAAAGCAAUGAAGUCAAUGACACGGGGGUGGUUGUAAAUCACUGGCGACAAGCCACGGGGAACUUACCAUACGCUCCCAACAACGGCAGUGACAGCGACUGACUGACUGACCGACCGACGAACUGAAAUGCGACGCACACGCGGAAGAUUGCUCUCAACUUUUCGUUGGCCAGGAAAACCGUGGUGUGCACGCUUGGUGUCAGUUUUACAUUGGAUGUAACCACAUCAGUUUAUUUAACACAGAGACCGAAGAUGCACAUGCCUUUUUUGACAGUUCAACCUCUACAGAGUGUUGUGAUUCUAUUCGCGGUUUUCUUUUCUGUUCACCGGAUUUACGCGGAUCACCAGUGGAUGGACAGAAGAAACAUUCUACUGCAUAAAGCUGUUCAACAUUUGUUGGAUUUUAAAGACUUUACAAAGGACAAGCAGUUAUUACCGGAGCCUAAGGGAAAAGACGAACCACCCAAGUUUAUGUUAGAUCUAUAUGAGCAGUUUAAAUAUGGACGAGUUCGGAGGGGAAAGCAGAGAGGGAACACUGUAAGGUGUCUUCAUCCAGAAAUUGGCACGGUGAACGGAGAAAAAAUGCUGAUGUUUAAUCUCAGUUCCGUCAAACCGUCGGAGAGAGUCUUCGGCGCCCAUAUUCACAUGUUUAAGAAAAAACUGAGGGACUUGGCAGAUCUUCAGAUGGUUGUGUACGAGGUGGCGCCACAGUACAUGAGCGAAAUGGCAAAGAUUGAUAUCCCUCCUCGGAGUCGGGCGCGAUGGCAGGUCCAUGAUGUAACCGAGGCAACCAGGAGUUGCCUAGCAACACGAAGGCCGCAGCCUCAUCUUCUGGCUGUGACGUUCACCACCACAAGGUACGAUGGGCGAAAAAGGACGAUAAAAUUGCACAAGUUCGUCCAUAAACACGACGCACCAUUUUUGGUGGUAUUUUCGAACGAGAAUCAGAAUAUUUCAUUAGAUCACAUCACUACUAGAUUGCAUCCAGACGACUUAAAAUAUUUAGACAAAAAUAAAAACGAGGCCAUCCAGGAGGAGGUGACAAAUCACAAACUUUACUCAGAACGCAAUCGGCGUUCAAUAUUUGACAAUGAAAUUCCUGAGCAUCUUGACCUGGAGCCAAGCACCCCUAGUCCCAGGAUUAACAGUAUUCCUGAAUCGCAUCCAAACAUGAUCCAGAGAAGGACUAAAACACUUCAAAAACUCUCUCAUCUUCAGUUAUUACCAUCACCAGAAUGGUACAAAAACAAAAGACGCAAUCAAAAAAAGCACCGGAAGAAACAGAGACAGAGAAAGCAACGUCUGUUGCCGCGAAAGUGGAGUGCUAAAGACGACGGCAUAUCUCAGGACGAGAACAAAGCAAGCGAAAGUGACGUUAAAGACAACUUGGAACAAAGUCGAUCUUGUGGACGUAGAAAGUUAAUUGUAGACUUUGCAGAUAUUGGCUGGGAUCAGUGGAUUAUUGCUCCAAAAUCAUUUGGCGCCCAUUAUUGCUCAGGGGAAUGCGUAUUUCCAUUAGGAACGGGGACAAGACCGACAAACCAUGCCGCUAUUCAGAGUAUCGUGCAUGCUGUAGGCCUCCAGAACCAGGUUCCGGCGCCUUGCUGCGUGCCCAACUCUCUGUCCUCAGUGACGCUCCUUUACUACGACGAGCAGCGAAACGUAGUGCUAAAAAAUUACCCAGGAAUGUCAGUGGAGUCGUGUGCGUGCAGAUAGCAGAAACCACGGCCAAAGUCAGCAUUUAAGUAAUCAUAUGCAACGAAGACGGGUAUUAUUUCGAGCGCAGGUCUACCUCUCGAUGGAUAUUUAAAUCGGCAGCCAAUAUGCAGUUUGAAAGGCCGAGCAAUGUGCCCUGGAAGGUUGAAACUUUCAGGAACUGUGUGGUCAGGAAAGUGCGGUCUAGACACCUUGUCUUUUGUUUUAAGUGCUUAUAAGUGCCUAUCAGUCCAAGACAUCAGUAAUGGACGGUAAAUGUGACCGUAAACUUGGUAAGAUCUGCUCCGCGUCCCACACAGAAAAAUCACUGCCUGUCGAAAAAGUAACGUAAAUUGUGUGUUUAUCAAUACAUUGAAAAAAGGGGGAAUUGAAUACGUGCAGCUUGCACGUCGGUUCGUCUGUAUUUGAUCUGUUUAUGCCCCUUUUUUGGUCCUAAAAAUUUAACUUUACUAAAAUAGGAAUGUAAGUUAACUAAUAUACAUUUCCGGUGCAAGGUUUUACAAAUUGCCGAGGAAAAGAAUAGGACAGUGUUUAAUGUCUCACAUCUGUAGAUAAUUCUAUUCUGGAACCCUGGUCGCAUUACCUUCACUCGAACAUUUCUUGCAGGGGAAAAGUCAGGUUACAUGGAUUAUUUCUCUAAGAGUAACUUGCUCAUUAUCAUCAUAAUCUUUAUUAUUAUUAUUAUUAUUAAGGAUAAACUACCUCACCCUGACUAUCUGGCAUAGUCUCAAAAAUCAUGCGAAAUCUGGCAUAGUUGAUGUGGCAUUGUGGCAUGUCGUGCCUUUCGGAAUAACUCGGCUGAUUCCGUAUCUCGGAUGCUAAAAUUACGGUAUAACCCGUCGUUGUCUGCACGAUACCAUGUCAAACUGUCUUGUAUAUAGAUGUUCACUUAAAUACUUAUUUAUUAGAGCCUUAUACGAGACCGAGUAACUAACUGUUAUGACACAAGAUAUUAUUAAGAUGUUUAUGAACAGCAGAAAAAUUACAUUCAGUACAUAUAAUAAGUGUGUUUAAAUCAGAAGGGCUGGAAUGUGAAAUAGCAACACCACUAAGCUUGUUUUCGUGUGUAUGUCUGCACAUAAAUCUCACUUUUUUCUAUUUUACGGUACAUGAUUGCCUACCUCCCGCAAAAAAUGCAUUUUACUCUUAUGUUGUAAAAUAUUUUAAUAUUGUAAAGACUAUAAAUAGCGCCUUUAUUAAAAAGGUAUUCUUCGUUGCUAACGAAUUCACCUAAGUUCACAUUACAACUAAUUGAAAUAUUUGAAAAUAACCAGAACCAAAACAAAGUGGGGGAAAAUAUUUGUUUCCAGCCACGGAUAAUGUGUCCGUGUAUUGUACCUUUAAUGAAGUUUCGCUGUUAAGUGUUCGGUGUAUAGUUUCCUUGGAAGUUUUAUUUGUAUUUUCUGACGAAAUACACUCUUACAGAACCUCAUAAAAUAAUCUGACGCCCUGAUACGCGUGUAUGCGCGGAUGUUUACACUAAUUUCUUUAUUUAACACGGUUAGAAACUAUUCAAAGGAAAAACUAGGGCGAUGCUGGUUUUCACUGCCACCGUUCUUCCUGAAUACUUCUUAACUCCCAUAAAAAGGAGCUAUACACUUGGCACUGCACCCUCUAGGACAUAUUUUCUGUGUUGUUGUUAUUUGUUUGUUUUAUGAAUAAAAGAUUUGCUCUUAUCUUACAAUUACACCGGUCUAUGCUCUGUUCAUAUCACUGGUUAGAUUUUGACUUGAUUUGAAGAUGACUUCUUAUUGUAUAUUAUUCAAAAUUAAUUUUAUGUAAGACUGGAAUUAUUGUUGAUACUAUAUUUGAUAAUAAACCCACCUGUUGGAUAUGACUUAAA